AUGCAGCCAACCUUCUCGUCGUCGUCCUCCUCCUCCUCCUCGACCACCCCUGCUGCUCUAGCGUGCUUCCACAAAGCGUGGAAGAUUCAAUCGCAGCUCUCUAGGCUGGCUGCAAUUGGCGAUCCUUUCAUCGACAGCUUCAUCGGAGGAUUGCAGGACAGGAUCGAGAAGUACAUCAAGGAAUGCAUCCUGGUUCUAGCAGCUGCAGUGGUGAUGGACCCUCGGUUCAAGAUGAAGCUGGUAGAGUUCAGCUUCGCGAAGAUGUUCCUCCACGAUGCUCCCACAUAUAUCGAGAUCGUGGGCGAUGGGAUUCGCCAGCUGUUCUGGGAGUACAAGGUGCUUCAUCAGCUAGACGAAGAAAAAGCAGACCCCAAACUGGGGAUUAAUGUUGACAUUAUGGAGCCCAGGAGGUAUCCGGUGAAGUCGGAGCUGGAUGUGUACUUGGACGAAACAUUGCUCCCGCGAGUGGCGGAUUUCGAUGUGUUGGGAUGGUGGAAGCAGAACGAGGUGAGGUUUCCUGCUCUGGCGAAGAUGGCUCGAGAUGUGCUGUGCAUUCCGGUGUCUGCUGCCUCGGCGGAGAGCUUGUUCGACACACGGUGCUUGCCGAAGGAGAUGGAGUACGGGAGCUCGGUGAAGCCGGAGACGGUCGAGGCACUCGUGUGUGCGAAGGAUUGGCUUCGUCGUGCGGCGGUGGCAGCGGCAGCAGCGGGUGGUGAUAGGUGA